GCAGCCUCUUGCCUCUGCUGUCAUCGCUGUGGACCAGGCGGAUGCCGCUGAGAGCUGCGGACCCAGAAGUGCAAAAUUCAUCAGGGAUCUGGAAAGUGUCAUAGUGUGGAGGAGGAGGUGGGGUGGAGUAAAGAGGAGAGGAGAGGCACACUGUCUCUCUCCUUCACUUGGCGGGCUUUUUCUGCAGCAUCCUUUCACUUCAUCAUGGAUCUCUGGAGUAAAAAAGUCCUGGGAAUUAUUACACAGGUCGCCCUGAUACUUUUCAGCUCAUGUGGCGUAACAAGAGGAGAGGUGUGUCACAGUCCACUGGUGUCGAAUCUGCUGCCAUCCUCCUUCAGGAGCUCCUCACAGCUGUCGAGCAGCCAUGGGCCAGGCUUUGCUAAACUGAACCGGAGAGAAGGCGCUGGAGGUUGGUCUCCUCUGAGUUCAGACAGGUAUCAGUGGCUGGAGGUCGACCUGGGUGGGCGAACACAAAUCACUGCUGUUGCCACGCAAGGUCGCUAUGGCAGCUCCGAUUGGCUGACGGCCUACCUGCUGAUGUUCAGUGACACAGGACACAACUGGAAACAGUAUCGACAGGAGGACAACAUAGGGGCCUUUCCAGGCAACAGUAAUGCAGACAGUGUGGUUCAGCACAAGCUCCAGCAUCCAGUGAUUGCUCGCUAUGUCCGCCUCCUCCCCCUGGACUGGAAUCCCAAUGGUCGCAUCGGACUCAGACUGGAGACCUAUGGAUGUCCUUACAACUCUGACGUAGUGAGCUUCGAUGGCCACAGCAGCCUCCUGUACAGGCUGAGACCCAGGCCGAGGCAGGUGACCAGGGAAAGCAUCUCUCUGAAAUUUAAAACCCUGAGGAACUUUGGGACGCUGCUUCAUGCAGAGGGACAAAGCGAGCACAGCCUCACCCUGGAGCUAGAGAAAGGAAAGCUUAUCCUUGUCCUCCGCAAAGGCAGGAGUUCUUCUCCUGACAGCCGGCAUCUCGUGUCUCUGGGCAGCCUGUUAGACGACCAGCACUGGCACCAGGUCGCCGUGGAGCAUCACAGCAAUCACCUCAACCUCACUGUGGACAAAAGCACGCUGUGGGUGCAGAUUCCACCAAGAUUCACCCACUGGGACCACGACCAGAUGAGUGUGGGAGCAGAGCAGGGCCUCGGCUCUCUGAGGUCAGUCGGGUCGAACAGAAAUUUCCACGGCUGUUUGGAAAACCUCGUUUACAACGGCGUGAACUUGGCGGACCUCGCCAAACAGAGAGACCAGCGGGUCUCUGUGAAGGGCAAUGUGACCUUUUCCUGUGCUGAACCCAUUUUUGUUGCCAUGACGUUCACCAGCCCCCAGAGUUUCCUCUGGUUGCUAAGGGUGACCGAACCAUCAUUAAUGGGCAUGUCAGUGGGGCUUCAGUUUCGAACCUGGAACAAGGCAGGGUUGCUGCUGACCUUUGAUCUCCCAAGCCAAGGGGGUGCGGUCUGGCUGUACCUGAGCAAAGCCAUGCUCCAUCUUCAGGUCCACAAGCCUGGCAGGGCACCGCUGGAGCUCAGCGCAGGUUCAGCUCUGAAUGACGGUCAGUGGCACUCUGUGGUGCUGGUCUCCAGACGAGGACGUCUGACCAUCGCAGUGGACGGGGACGAAGGAGCCACUGCUCAUGCCAGUCCCUCAUUUCUUAUUACCACAGGUCAACUUUUCUUUGGUGGUUGCCCCGCUGAUGUGAGCAGCCAGGAGUGCAUGAACCCUUUCAAAGCUUUCCAGGGCUGCAUGCGUCUGCUGACUGUGGACGGCCAAGAGAUGGAUUUGAUCAAGGUGCAGCAGAGAAUGAUCGGAAACUACAGUCACCUGCAGAUCGACAUGUGUGGCAUCAUCGACAGGUGUUCACCCAAUCACUGUGAACAUGGAGGCAGCUGCAGUCAAUCAUGGAGCACCUUUCACUGCAACUGCUCCAGCACCAGCUACAGCGGAGCAACCUGUCACAGCUCGAUAUACGAGCAGUCCUGUGAGGCAUACAAGCACAAAGGGAACACGUCGGGCUAUUAUUACAUUGAUGUGGAUGGCAGCGGACCCAUCAGACCACAGCUAAUAUACUGCAACAUGACAGAGGACAAGACGUGGAUGGUGAUUCAGCACAAUAACACAGAACUGACCAGAGUUCGACCAUCGCCGGGAAAGAAUCAGCACUCGGCUCAUUUUGAAUACGCAUCUGAAGAGGCGCAGCUGGCGGCCAUCAUCAGCCAAUCAGAGCGCUGCGAACAGGAAGUGACCUACCACUGCAGGAAGUCACGUCUUCUCCACACACCAGAUGGCUCUGCACUCAGCUGGUGGGUGGGAGGUCCAGGUGAAGGACAGGUGCAAACGUACUGGGGCGGGGCUUCACCGGGCAGCCAGCAGUGUGCCUGCGGACAACAGGAGAGCUGUGUGGACCUCAAACACCACUGCAACUGUGAUGCUGACUACACCGAAUGGACUAAUGACACCGGCCUGUUGACCCACAAAGAAAACCUCCCUGUCAGAUCUCUGGUGCUGGGUGAUGUUCAGAGGCCUGGCUCAGAGAGCGCCUACAGGGUAGGACCCCUCCGUUGCCAUGGAGACAAAAAUGUCUGGAACGCUGCGUUUUUUGACAAGGAGACAUCGUACCUCCACUUUCCCACAUUCCACGGAGAGCUGAGCGCAGACAUUUCCUUCCUCUUUAAAACCACCUCAUCCUCUGGCGUCUUCCUGGAAAACCUGGGCAUCAAAGACUUCAUUCGGAUCGAACUCAGCUCCUCUACUGAGGUCCUCUUCUCCUUCGACGUGGGUAACGGCCCGUUGGAGGUCGGCGUGAAGGCCGGCUUCCCACUGAACGACAACAGGUGGCAUCGCAUUCGAGCCGAGCGCAACGUUAAAGAGGCGUCGCUUCGCCUCGACGAGCUCCCUGCCGCCACGCAGGAGGCUCCUGCUGACGGGCACAUCCACCUGCAGCUCAACAGCCAGUUAUUCAUAGGAGGCACGGCCUCCAGGCAGAAAGGCUUUCGGGGUUGUAUUCGCUCCCUGCAGCUGAAUGGCGUCACACUGGACCUGGAGGAGAGAGCCAAGAUCACCCCCGGGGUUCAGGCGGGAUGUCCAGGCCACUGCAGCAGCUACGGCUCCCUGUGCCAGAACCAGGGACGCUGUGUGGAGAGAUCCAACAGCUUUUCCUGCAACUGUGGCCCGUCUGCUUACACUGGAGCCUUCUGCGACAGAGAGGUGUCAGCCAUCUUAAAGUCAGGCACCUCCAUCACCUACACCGUCAAGGAGCAGGUGAUGAACGAGCCGAACAGGAGCUACAGCGCCCUGCCCUCCUCCCUUUACUCUGACAUGACCCUGAGAGCAGAAAACAUCUCCCUGAGCUUCAGGACCAGCCAGAGUCCUGCUCUGCUGCUCUACGUCGGCUCUUACCACAGAGAGUACCUGGCUCUGCUGCUCAACAAGCAUGACAAGCUGGAGGUACGGUACAGACUGGACGGCAGCAAAGACACAGAAAUCCUGAGGAGCAAAGUGAGGAACCUCGCUAAUGGACAGCUACAUGCUGUUACUAUCAGCAGACUGGCAGACGCUGUCUCUGUGCAGAUCGACCAGAACACCAAAGAGGACUUCAACCUGACAUCUGAUGUAGAAUUCAAUGGCAUCAGGUCCCUGGUUCUUGGCAGAGUGCACGACUCCGGUGAGCUGGAUCCAGACCUGGCUCGGCUCACCUCUCUGGGUUUCACAGGCUGCCUGUCCGCUGUCCUCUUUAACUCCAUCAGCCCUCUGAAAGCCGCUCUGCUCCACCCAGACACCAGCCCUGUGGUUGUCACCGGCCCACUGGUCCAGUCCGUUUGUGGCUCCACUUCAACCAAUCCCUAUGCAGCAGAAACCACACAUCACCAAUCAGGCCAGGCUGGAUCAGUGGGAACGGGUCAGCCUUUGGUCAACGCCAUCAGGAGUGACUCGGCUCUAAUUGGAGGUGUGAUAGCGGUGGUGAUCUUUGUGACCGUGUCUGCAUUAGCCGUAAUGGCCCGAUUCCUCUACAGGAGGAAAGGGUUGUGUCAGAGCCAGGAAAUAAAAACAGUGAAACCUGAAGACAGCCCCGAGCUGCCGUUCAGCAGCCAGAGCAGCUCGCACAACGGUCCGAGCGAGAGCCAGAAGGAAUAUUUUAUUUAGGUGGAGGUUUGACCCGCUGCUGACCUGGAGGUGUUGGAGCUGAGGAGACGGAGACAGUGAUGCCUUGUCAAGCCUCAGUGCUUUACACUAAAAGAGUGUAGAGAGAGACUGAGCCCGAGCAACAAGAGCUCAACAAGACGGGAAGAUACAAACAGAAUGACGCACUCAUGAUCUGUCGUCUUUGCUUUGGUUUUGUUUUUGUUUCUGUGGUUGUAUUUUUGUAAAGACUGUACAUAGAUGCACAAAAACAAAGUGUUGAAUUUAUAAUGUGUGGAUACUGUCAGUAGAGCAAUUGUAAAUAUCUAAUGAUGUAAAUCUUAAAAUUAUGACUUUAUAUCAAUCAGUCUCUUUUUCUGUUCUGUUGAGAUGUUUCAAAUUAUUAAGUGAGCAACUGUAUUUUUCAUGGAGUCGGUAAAUUAAAUGCGUUAAUGGGUUAAAUGCAUUUUCUGACGUGGAUAAUGUGUUUGCUGUUGUUGGUGAGUGAGGCAAGUAUUCAUAUAUAUAUAUAUAUUCUUCUUCCUUUGGCCAUCUACUGAAUGAACUGUGGGCGAUCAAGAUGUAUCUAUUUACAUUGAACAUUUCUCGUUUCAUUCUCUGAAAAAGUUUCGCUUUUAUUUAUUUUUAUAUCCUUUGUUUGGUUUCUGGUUUUGGUAGAGAGACAGAUACAGUUAGGACAACAAAAUAUUCCAGCCUUUUUGUUCCCACCAUCGGUCCGAGAAAAACAUUUUAUCUUUUAAAAACUCACGUCUUUGUCUGAAAAGGCAGAGAAGUAAAACAAGUUGGAAAUUGCAAUGAAAAUCAUGUAUCAGCUGAUGGAGAGCAAAGCAAAGCAUUUCACAGAAAGUGGCCAAACUCAUGAAGAAGAGCUGGAUAAAAGCAAGUGAUAAAAUCCAACAGAUGUUUGUUUUCUCUUCAGGCGCUACACGACCUCUGACCUACGACAACACAAUGAUCUUCACAGUGCUGGAGAUUUACUGUAAUGUCAAUGAGUUUGAGUGAUCUGCUGUUGGAUCUUAAUUUGUACAGAUAUUUUAGUAACAAACACACUUCUGUUCAGUGAAAAUUAAAUGAUUGAUCUUU